CGCGUACCCGCGAGGCUCACUCCCAGCAGCGGAGAGCCGGAGCGGGAAUAGAAAAAGGGGCGCCGGGCAGGACAGAGGCAAAGAGGGGCUGCGGAACGCGGUGCGCAGCAUCGGGGCGGGUGGUCGGAGCCCCCGGCGAGGGGCUGGGCCGGAGGAAACCGCCUGGUGUCCUGCAGGACGGCCAGGCGGGGAGGGUGAGGUUGUGGGGCAGAUUCAGGGGAUUGCGUCCAGGCUCUGGGCACCGUCGGGGACUCGCGGGUCCCCUCGGGGCUUGGACUACUUGGCUUGGGCGUUUCACGGGUAUCUCAUCGCCACCCAGCCUCGAAGCCAGCAAGAUUGAAAAAUAGCGCCAAAUGUUCGUUUCCCUCUAAGGAGUGGGGUUGAGCCCAUCAGCCCGAGGGGACUGGAGAGGGAUGCCCCGUCGUCCCGCGAGCGGAAGGAGCAGGGGCUGAAGGGGUGGCAGGAGUGGAGAGCCUGACCAUCAAAUGCCUCCUUCUGGGUUUCUGUCUCUGCUAAGUGGGCUUGGCCGCGCUGACCACGCGGAAGGAGGGACGGACGACGCUCGGCGGGUUCUGACCUCGCCGCCUUCAUGUGGCUGCUGACGGCGACUCAGGGGGGGACGGACAUGGGGCGCAGCCUCGUCUCUUUCCCUCCCCUCCUCCCGGGCUCCGGGGUUGGAGAUGUGGAGACGUGAGGGGACCCACCAGCUGCCCCGGGUUCACCAGGAUUCCUCCAGGCAUCUGCGCGUCUCUCCGCGCCCCGGAUAGGAGAGGCUCCGCGCAGGGCUCCGAGGCGGGCGGGCGGGCAGCGAGCGGAGCGGGAGCCCCAGCCUCGCCAUGGGGCAGAACGGGACCUGGAUCUCCAGAAACGCCAGCGAGCGGCUCAACGCGUCGGGCGCCGAGGCAAUGGGCGCGAACCGCAGCGCGCUGGGGGAGUUCGGCGAGGCGCAGCUGUACCGGCACUUCACCACCACGGUGCAGAUUGUCAUCUUCAUAGGCUCGCUACUCGGAAACUUCAUGGUGUUAUGGUCAACUUGCCGCACAACCGUGUUCAAAUCUGUCACCAACAGGUUCAUUAAAAACCUGGCGUGCUCGGGGAUUUGUGCCAGCCUGGUCUGUGUGCCUUUCGACAUCAUCCUCAGCACCAGCCCUCACUGUUGCUGGUGGAUCUACACCGUGUUCUUCUGCAAGGGCGUCAAAUUUUUGCACAAAGUCUUCUGUUCUGUGACUAUCCUCAGCUUCCCUGCCAUUGCUUUGGACAGGUACUACUCAGUCCUCUAUCCACUGGAAAGAAAAAUAUCUGAUGCCAAGUCCCGUGAACUGGUGAUGUACAUCUGGGUCCACGCAGUGGUGGCCAGUGUCCCUGUGUUUGCGGUGACCAACGUGGCCGACAUCUAUGCCAUGUCCACCUGCACUGAAGUCUGGAGCUACUCCUUGGGUCACCUGGUGUACGUGCUGAUCUAUAACAUCACCACGGUCAUCGUGCCGGUGGCUGUGGUGUUCCUCUUCUUGAUACUGAUCCGACGGGCCCUAAGUGCCAGCCAGAAGAAGAAGGUCAUCAUAGCCGCGCUCCGGACGCCACAGAACACCAUCUCAAUCCCCUAUGCCUCCCAGCGGGAGGCCGAGCUGCACGCCACGCUGCUCUCCAUGGUGAUGGUCUUCAUCUUAUGCAGCGUGCCCUACACCAUGCUGGUUGUCUACCAGACUGUGCUCCAUGUCCCUGACACUUCUGUCUUCCUGCUGCUCACUGCCAUCUGGCUGCCCAAAGUCUCUCUGCUGGCGAAUCCUGUUCUCUUUCUUACUGUGAACAAAUCUGUCCGCAAGUGCUUGGUAGGGACCUUGGUGCAACUGCACCACCGGUACAGUCGGCGUAAUGUGGUCAGCAUGGGGAGUGGGGUGGCCGAUGCCAGCCUGGAGCCCAGCAUGCGCUCAGGCAGCCAGCUCCUGGAGAUGUUCCACAUGGGGCAGCAGCAGAUCUUUAAGUCCACACAGGAUGAGGAAGAGGGUGAAGCCAAGUACGUUGGCUCUGCUGAUCUCCAGGCCGAGGAGCUACCUACCAGCUGCCUGGAGGUGGAGAAGGGGCCACAGCUUGGACCCCUUGCCUCGCCCCCAGGCACGGUGGACUCUAUGGCCCAGGUGGCACCAGCAGCCUCUGUGGAAUCCGAGACAGUUUCUGACAAGUAUUCCCUGCAGUUUGGCUUUGGGCCUUUUGAGUUGCCUCCUCAGUGGCUCUCAGAAACCCGAAACAGCAAGAAGCGGCUGCUUCCCCCUUUGGGUAAUACUCCGGAAGAGCUGAUCCAGACAAAGGUGCCCAAGGUAGGUAGGGUGGAGCGGAAGAUGAGCAGAAACAAUAAAGUGAGCAUUUUUCCAAAGGUGGAUUCCUAGCAAGGAUUGUGAAUUCCUGGAAACAACAGGGAGCUUCCACAUUCCUACCCUUCUUUCACUCUGGCCGUGUGAUUUUGUAUGGUCUCAUGGAUUGGCACUGCA